GUUUACAGUUUUGGCCAGGAUUCAAGCAGUGAUGAGAAACAUAUGCCCUGAAAUAUUAUGUAUUCAGCAGCAAGAAUUUACUGACACUGUGAUCAGUGUGUGAUGUCUUCUCACAUGUAGCUCCUCUGGUCUUUUAAUGACCAUUGAGCAACUCUCUUCAGCAUAUACUUUUUUUUCAUCUUGAACUUCUGUGCAGGGAUUUGGGUUCAGCAGACACUUUAAUGUUGCUCCAUCAGGAUUUUGGAGUAUAACAAAGAUAACCACUGUUUUUCAGGCCCUAAACAUCCCGACCUAUUCUCCACAAAAUGAGAGUGAUUUUGUUGUUCGCCUUACUUUUCCUGUGCCAUGGAAAACCAUACAAGCCAAUAAACAUCAUGGAGUUGAUGAAGAUUCAUGACAUCAUGCAACAGGACGAUGGGAGUGAUGAAGAUGAUGAUGACAAUGACGAUGCUGACGAAGAUGACAAGAUUGAAGACAACUUUAUUACAGACUGCCCUUUUGGCUGCCAGUGCUUCAGAAAAGUUGUUCAGUGUUCAGAUCUAGGUUUGACAUCAGUGCCACGGGAUAUUCCAGAAGACACACUAAUGAUUGAUCUUCAAAACAAUGAUAUCACUGAAAUCAAGGAGAAUGACUUUAAAAAAAUGAGUAAUCUCUAUGCCUUGUUUCUGGUGAAUAACCAGAUUUCAAAGAUUCAUCCAAAAGCUUUCCAAAACAUGGGAAAACUUCGACUACUCUACUUGUCAUACAAUCUGUUGACACAAAUACCUGAAAAUCUGCCAAAAAACAUCUUGGAGCUAAGAAUCCAUGACAACAAGAUCAGCAAAAUCCACAAGGAUGCAUUUAAAGGGAUGCAAUCCUUGCAUGUUCUAGAAAUGAGCGCUAAUCCUAUUGCCAAUAGUGGGAUUGAACUCGGAGCAUUUAAUGAUAUGGCAACCCUUUACCUGAGAAUUGCAGAAGCAAGGCUCACAGCAGUACCAAAAGAUCUGCCCUCUUCUCUCACUGAGCUUCACUUGGACUAUAAUAAAAUUAUGAAAGUUGAGGUGGAAGACUUUAUUCGAUACAAAAACUUGCUGAGGUUGGGGUUGGGUUUCAACCAGAUCAAAUUUGUGGAGAAUGGAAGCUUAGCUUAUAUUCCCAAAAUCAGAGAAAUUCAUUUGGAUAACAACAGGCUGAAAAACACUCCUCCAGGCUUGAACACGCUUAAGUAUUUACAGGUGGUGUACCUCCAUGCUAAUAGCAUUUCCAGUAUCGGAGUGAACGACUUCUGCCCAACAAGAAGCAAGCUAAAGAAGGGUCUCUACUCAGGAAUCAGCCUAUUUGCCAAUCCGGUAAAAUACUGGCAGAUCCAACCAGCCACUUUUCGCUGUGCCUCUGGGCCGAGAUCUCUGCAAAUUGGCAAUUUAAGACGAAAGUGAGUGCAGGGCUCCACUGGAGGGCAGCACCUCAACAUAUAUUUGAUUGUCUUUCAGUUAAUAAGGUUGCACCGGACAUCCAGAUCUGCUGAUGAAAUAGUAUUUUACUUGAAAAACACCAUGUGAAGAUAAUUCUCCAACAAAAUAUUCACCAGGCAUGUUUAUUAUUAUUAUUAUUAUUAUUAUUUUGACUUAUUUUUCUGGAAACUAUUUAAUCUGGUUAUUAAAAACCACAGGUGAUAGAGUAGGAACCAUGGGUGCAAUCAUUGUUAUAAUCUGUUUAUAACUUUAUGCUGUUAUAAGUGGUAUUGCUGAACUAAAGUCAGUAUUUUUUUUUUGUAUAAUUAAAGACAUUGUUAGUAAACCUUUCAUUGUUUCACUAACAUUAUGCUAAAUAAGCAUAAAUUACUCGAGACAUAAUGUAGAUUUUUUUUUAAGACUUGUAAACUAUGAAAUAA